AUAGUAAGCUGCGGUUGUACGUAGUAAACCAGACCAAACCAACCACCACGUUCAGAAUGGAGGCCAAACAGCAGCAGCAGCAGCAGCAGCAGCAGCAGCAGCACUUUCUGGUGGUUGCUUAUCCGAACCAGGGGCUGAUCAACCCGGCGCGGGUGCUGGCGGAGCGGCUGACGGCGUCGUCGUGCGGCGUCACCUUCUCGACGGGCUUCUCAGCCCACCGCCGGUUGUUCGUGGACGACUUCGCCGAGCUCUACGCCCGGGCGGCCGAGCUCGGGCCCCGCACCCUCGGGGCCGUCCUCGACUCCCUGGCCGCGCNCGCUCCCUACUCCGACGGCUUCGACGCCGGCUUCCGGUGGUUCGUGGACGACCUCGCCGAGCUCAACGCCCGCGUGGCCGAGCUCGGGCCCCGCACCCUCGGGGCCGUCCUCGACUCCCUGGCCGCGCGCGGGCGCCCCGUCACCCGGGUCGUGUACACCAUGGCCCUCCCCUGGGUGGCCGACGUGGCGCACCGCCGCGGCCUCCCCGCCGCGCUCUUCUGGGUCCAGCCCGCCGCCGUGCUCGCCCUCUACUACCACUACAACCGCAGCAGCGCACACUACGACCGCCUCAUCGCGGAGUCGUCGGCGGCAGCGACCGUCGAGUUCCCGGGGCUCCCGGGGUUUGAGAUUCGCGAGCUCCCCUCCGUGCUGACCAACACCUCCGACGAGACCUCGAGGGUCAUCCUGCAGAUCUUACGGGAGGCGUUCGAUACGCUGGAGUCGGAGUCGAAGGAGAAGACGACGCCGCCGCCCACGAAGGUGCUGGUGAACACGUUCGAGGCGCUGGAGCGGGAGGCCCUGGAGACGGUGCGGGGCCGGUGCGGGAUCGACGCAGUGGCCGUGGGGCCGCUGAUCAAGGGAGGAGCCGGGGGGGACCUGUUCGAGGCGGCGGAGGAGCGGCGGUACAUGGAGUGGCUGGACGCGCAGGCGGAGGGGUCGGUGGUGUACGUGUCGUUCGGGAGCCUAGCGGUGAUGAAGGGGCGGCAGAUGGAGGAGAUGCGCGCGGGGCUGAGGAUGUUGGGGCGGCCGUACCUGUGGGUGGUGCGGAGGAACAACAGGGAGGAAGGAGAGCGAGUAGGGUUGAAGUGGGACGAGGAGGAGGAGGAGCAGGAAUCAGCAGGGGGGAUGGGGAUGGUGGUGGAGUGGUGCGAGCAGGUGAAGGUGCUGUCGCACCGGGCGGUGGGGUGUUUCGUGACGCACUGCGGGUGGAACUCCACGCUGGAGGGGGUGGCGUGCGGGGUGCCCGCGGUGGCGGCGCCGCAGAUCGUGGAGCAGCACACCAACGCCGCGCUCCUGGAGAAGCGCUUCGGGACGGGGGUGAGAGCGGAGAUGGACGCGGAGGGGGUCCUGCUCAGGGACGAGCUCAGGAGGUGCGUGGACUUCGUCAUGCGGGACGAAGGGAUCAGGGCCAGGGCGGAGAUGUGGAGGGAGAAGGCGCGGGAGGCGGUCGAACAAGGCGGGUCGUCGGAUCGGGAGCUCAGGCGCUUCGUGGAGGAGGUCGCACCACCAUCGACCUGAUAGCAAGAUGGCGCUAUCAUCGAUUUGAGGGGCACCACACCAAAUUUGUAUAUUUCUAUAAUAAAACGUGUGAUCAUAUAUUUAUCAAAUUUGUGUAUUUGUAUAAUAGAACG